AUGACUUAUUCCUUUUUCGUUGAUAUGACAUGUGGUGGUUGCUCAAAAGCUGUAAAUGCCAUCUUAUCUAAAAUUGAUGGUGUUUCAAAUAUUCAAAUUGACCUUGAAAAUAAAAAAGUCAGUUGUGAAAGUUCAAAAAUGGGAGCAGAUGAAUUAUUAAAGAAUAUUCAAAAAACUGGAAAGAAAUGUUCAAUUAUUGCUUAA